AUCCUUACACUCAUAACUAAAAAUGACACUCAGCGCCUUGUUCGUUACAGAUUUUUUUUGGUAGACUGAGGUAAAAAAAAAUACAAAUCUGAGACCCACGUGAGCGAAACGUGAAACGCGCGAGCGCGCGCGCGUACGAGCGACGGAGUGAGUGCUCUCUCUCUCUCUCUCUCUCUCUCUCUGUGUUAUCUGGGCUGGGAUGGAUAGGGCUCGGUAGCGCUCUUUCUUUUCUCUCUUUUUUCUUUGUUUUUCUUGUUUUUUCUCCUCUGUGUUUUCUGUGUGGUUUAUUGCCGGGCAGAUGGCGUGGCCGUGUAUCAGCCGGGUCUGCUGCCUCGCGCGCUUCUGGAACCAGUUCGAUAAGUCGGACCUGUCGGUUCCGCUCACUAUCCAGAACUACUCGGAGCUCGGCGAGUCGGACAGCCGCGAGAUCCGCUCCGUGGCCAAGCACGUGCCCGCGGAGCGCGCGCCUCGGGACGGCUACGCCACGCCGGAGCGCCGCGCUUCCCCCGCGCCGCAGGACGGAGGAGGGGGGAGCGGGGGCAGGCGGCCGCCACCGCCGUGCCGCGCGCGCACCGAGCCCAGCUACCGACCCCGCGAGGACUACCAGCCACCGGGCGUGCCUUUCCCCAGCGUCACCCAGUACAAGCAGGACUACAAGCCCUGGCCCAUCCCCAAGAAAGACAACUUCCCCUGGAUCACUAACGGAGGCAGCAAGGGUCCCGCGGAGAGCCCCGUUAACACCGACAGAGAGGAGCGCGCGGGCAGGAACAGGCACGCGGAGUCCACCGGCACAGGCACGAGCUCGUACAGACAGGAGUACCGGCCCUGGGCAGCAGUCCGGCCACCGAAGCCUGCCCAGAAAAGGCCCACCUUCCUGGCCACGUCCACCAACGAGCCCCCUCCAGAGACCAGCUACCAGGCUGCCUUCAGCUCCGACACACACAGGCAUGCAGACAUCAGCGUCCCAGACAUCACAGCGCACACACAGCCCAGCAGCCAGCCGGAGAGAGCGGAGAGGACCGAGACAACCAGCUCCAAACCUGAGGAGCAGCUGGUGAAGACGAAGCUGUCCCCCAAUCCGUCGGCCGUGUUCCAGAGCAAAUCACGGAUCUUCAACAUAUGACCUGUGAGAGCGGCCAGCACUGAGACAGCAGGCUGGACAGAAACGCACACAAGAUUUCACUUCAGCCCGACACCCGACGCUCCUCCAGAUCGGGUUUCUAGGAAACGUCUUUCAAAUUACAGCACAGAAACAACUGAAGAGCCACGGCCGACAACGCCACUGAACUGACAGCAUGAGGGAAUAUUCAGACUGCUGGAGGACCGGAGAACCGGAGGACUGAACAGCCGACCUUCAGUCCAGAGCGUUUAGCAGUGAGGAGGGUUAAUUCUGCUCAGUGUGAAAUCUAUGCAAGAGAUUGAAUGUUUGUAAACUCGACGUCUGUUACAGGGAAUGUUUAAUAUAUUUUAAAAGGUCCUGAGAAAGAAGGGAUAUCCUGCAGAGGAGUGGACUGAACUGAACUGAUAAAAUCUGCAUGUUUCUCUAUAGUUUAGUUAAGCUUUUUAUCCCAUAGUGUCAAACACUUUACAGAAAAAAAAGAGAAAACAGCUGCUGAGUUUGUAUGAGAGUGAGUGAGAGAGUAUGUGCAUCCACUGAACUGGAACCAGUUCUGAUUUCAGUUUUCUAUCUGUCUAGGUUUAGAUUCAUUCCUUUAAAAAAAAAAAAAAGUCAGAUCUGUCUGUCUGACCCCCCACUGUCUGCUUCUCUUUCCGAGCUCCUGCUAAACCUUUAUUAAAUCAAGAUUUAUCUUGAUAUUUAUUAUUUAUGAAAUUUCUAUUGAAUUAGGAAAGGCAGAGUAUUCUGCCGCUGUUAAUAAUUUAUUUUGUAAAUCUGCUCUUAAUAGAGAUGAAGUUAAAGGAUGUAUUAUGUUGAAAUAAAUCUGAAAUAGGUUCUUAAA